UCUAUUCUCUUCACCUUCUGUUGUUUCCUUUUCCUCAACAAACAAACAUAAAUAAUUAAUUAAUUCAUUUCUCAUAAGUGUUGAAUUGAUGUGUGUGAGUGAGAAAUAUCAAUAGCUUCCAUGGAAGACGGCAAGUCUGCUAUGGCGCAUCAGCAGCAUUUGAUGCAGCAACAGCUACUCUUGCAGCAGAUCCAAAGGCAGAAGGACGCUAUAUCCCGCUUCCCCUCCAACAUCGACGCCCAUCUCCGCCCACAGCAUCCUCUCCUUCACCAUCGCCCUCUAAACCCUAAUUCUACUACCCAACAAAUCAUUCCCAAUCACAUUCACCCUAACCCCACUUCCAACCCCAAUACCAACCCCAACCCCAACCCCAAUUCCAACCCUAUUUCUUCUCCUACACUCGCCAAUAAUAAUCCCCAACAACAGCACCAGCACAAGGCCUCCCUCCAGAUGGCUUAUCAGGACGCCUGGCGGGUCUGUCAUCCCGAUUUCAAGCGCCCUUUCUCUUCUCUCGAAGACGCUUGCGAGAGGCUGUUACCUUACCAUGUUGUUGCAGACUACGAAGCAGAGGAAGAUGACAAAAUCCUUGAUUCAGCCACUACAGGCCAAAUUCUUUCUCGCUCUCAGCAGUGGGACCACAACAUUGCUGCCAAAGUUGCAGAGUUCACUGCCACAUUCGAGAAACAAGUCCUUGCAUUCAACAUUAUAUCCCGUAAACGAGGCCUCGGGGAAUUCCGAACAGAGGAGAAGUUGAUGAUGGAGCAAUCUCUUUUGCAAGACGAGAAGCGAGCGCUACUUGAAUUGAGGGCUGAAAUGGAUUCACAGCAGAAGGCUAGUCGAGAAACUCAUGAAGCGAAUAUACAGAUGGCUGCCAUGGUUCAUGCGGAGCAAGCUCGUUCAGAAUCACAAGCCCAUGCUGAGAUGAUGGCACGAGCCCCCAUAAGAGCAAGUGCUCUUGGUUCUCGAGGCAAUAAUACAGUUGGUCCGGACAUGGGUGAACAGGAGCAGGACUUCCAGCAGGAUGAUAUGAUAAAUGGAUGGGGCAACAAUAUACAAAAGGAUGAUAAGGAGCCGUCUGAGGACUUCUUGAAUGAUGACGAAACAGAGAAUGGAGAUGCAGCACUGCAAAGUGGGUGGCCCGGAGGUGGUGAGUUGGAUUUGAAUGCAAGAUAAUUUAUUUCCGCUUCAACAAAGUACUUUGUUUUGCUAGUACUCCGGGUUAACAGUUUAUGGAUGGCGCCUGUAGUUCAUUGCUUAUCUAUCCUGUUAGUUAAUAAUCUUACUAGAAUCCUUCCUCCA